AUGAAGUUCUCUCUCGGAGUUUCCCUCCUGGCCACGCUCGCCAGCGCCGUGUCUGUUGACAUGGCCAAGCGCGACACCUCCCCCCUCGAUGUCAAGCUCGAGACCGUUGGCAACUCCGGUGUCAAGGCCGUCCUCACCAACAUUGGUGACUCAGCCCUCAAGCUCUUCAAGACCGGCACCAUUCUUGACACUGCCCCUGUCGAGAAGGUCGAGGUUUUCGCUUCUGGUAACAAGGUUGAGUUCGAUGGUGUCCGUCUCCUGAUGGCCACCUCCGGCUUGACCGAGGAAGCUUUCCAGGUCAUCGGCGCCGGCGAGUCCGUCGAGGUCGAGUUCGAUGCUGCCGAGCUUCACGACCUUAGCACCGCUGGCGAGAUUGACAUCGUCAGCUCCGGUGCCUUCUCUUACGCCGAGGCCGACUCCACCGAGCUGGCUGGCACCAUCCCCUUCUCCAGCAACAGUGUUCACACUGCUGUCAACGGCGAGGAGGCCGCUGCCGUCCGCGCCCGCUUUUUGGCCAAGCGCACGGUCGUUCAGUCCGACUGCACUGGCACCCGCCGCACCGCUACUGUUAACGCCAUCAGCCGUUGCCGCUCCCUCGCCGUCGCCGCCUCCUCGGCCGCUGCUUCUGGCCCUGCUGCUCGCAUGACUGAGUACUUCAAGUCUUCCACCACCGCUACUCGCAACACCGUCGCCACCGUCUUCUCCAGAAUCGCCAGCGAGUGCGGCAGCACCACCUCUGGUGUUUCUCGCCAAUACUGCACUGACGUUUACCCUGCCUGCUCCAACGGUGUCAUCGCCUACACACUCUUGCACGAGAUGACUCAUCUUACCCAGAUUAGAGGCACUUCUGACUACGGCGGUUACGGAUACAACUUCGUUCGCUCUCUCAGCGCUUCGCAAAACCUCAACCAUGCUGACACUUACACCCUCUUCGCUCAAUGUAAACUUCCCCGGGUCCUACUCUUGCUAUUCACCUGA